ACAUCUUAAGUCAAAGUCACAGAAAUCACAUAAUGGCUUAAUGCUAUCUGUGGAACCAACCACAGCCUAAACCAACCACAACUUAAUCAUGAUGUGAUUAAUUCCUAGCAACAAGAGAGAACUAGUUGCUAUUUGCAAAGCAGUACAGCUCGUUUCUAUUUGUUGACAUUAGAUGAGGUUGCUCCAAAACCUUCAACAUUUGAGAGAUGAGCAACAGAAAGCAGGCCAUUUUGCUGCCAGGGUGAAUGAUAUGAAGUGGAAGUUGAAUCUUCCUUCAACAGAUCAGAAGAGAUGGACAGUCAUACUCUUUGGUGGGAUGUUGUUAGCAACCAAACUUACAUUAGGAGCAGUGGAAAAGACCUGCAACUGCAGCACAGAUAUCAGUUUCCAGAAAUUUAGGACCAAAUUAGCUCCUGAGAUAUGUUGUUUGAAUUUCACAAGGACUAAAAUUGAUACUUUGGACUGGAGCAUCUUUGCUGGAACUGUAGGCUUGAAAGAGCUCUACCUAUCAAACUGUAGUAUAUCACACAUUAAGAAUGUAAGUGUUGAUUCUUCUUCCCUGGAGAUUCUGUACUUGGACCAUAACCAAUUAAAUUGGCUCCCAGACAAUUUUCUGAGAAAAGCACCCAGCUUGCGUGUUAUUCACUUGGAGAGUAAUCAACUCCAAAAUUUAUCUGAGUCAUUUCUGGAAAUAUCUAACCAAAUCCAGGAGAUCUACCUUGACUUCAAUAACUUAUCUUCCCUUCCUUCUGGGAUUUUCAAACCUUCUCUUCUCACACUUGGUCUCUCUCACAAUAAUUGGGACUGCACUUGCAAUUUCCUUGAACAUCUGAAAAAGCAUAUCCUUAAUUCAUUUGACGUUGUUUGUCACACCCCAGAGCAUUACCAUGGCAUAAAUAUCAAAAACAUUUCCAAGACAGAAUUGUGCCAGAUUCAUAGACUCACAGCUCUGUUUGUUUGCCUACCUCUGGUCGCUAUUCUUGUCUUGGUCACCUGCUACUUUUGCAAGCACAAGAAGAAGAAGAAGAAUAGAAAGACAGGCUAUGCUCUUCAUGGUAGGAAGGAAUGCCAGUUGGCUACAGUGGAGAAGAAUGGUACCAACAGAUCAGAUGACCAUCAGUGCUCUAUCCCACAUGUCAUGCCUAUCCAUGGUGCUGCGGAGAACGAGAAGAAUAACUUGUUGAGAGACCAAAUUUUGCUUAAACCUUCAGCUGCACUAUUGGGAAGCAGCAGAGACCUUUAUGAGGAAGUGGAGAUCAAACUGGGGGCUUCUGAUGAUUCCUUGGCAUGUAGAAGUCUUGACCAAGACAAGUUGGGUACCACGAAACCAAUUAUUGAAGAGGAAGGGACGAUAGAUGGGGAGCCUGAAACAGAGACAAUGAGUGUAACAGAUGUUCUGAGAGAUUCAGCAGACCGUGAGAAGCUCUACAUGAACCAGUCAGUAGAUUAUUACAACCUUGUUCCUGGGAUUGAGUUGGAGGAUUCAGACCACACGGAGAAUGAGAAUGUAAAUCUUUGCUGAGGCUGCUUGUCAAAAGAAUGUGAUUUAACUGUGCUUUAAAUAAUAACCUUAAAUUAAUCUAUUAGAGGUAGAGGAUCUGCAGCCCCAACUUAUAUAAAAAAUGAGACCAUUUUGUGGCUUUUUCUAUUUUGCAGGAAUAGACAGCUUUGAAAGGGGACAUCUAUUGUAAUUAAGCAUAGAAGAAAAGCAAUAUUAGGGUAUGGUAGAAUCUACCCUAGUUUGAAUAGUGGGACAAUGUGGGCUGUCUAACUGCAGUUCCUUUCCAGCCCGUUAAUACUAUGCAUUUUUAACUAUGUACUUUAUAGUUUCCAAUAAAAGUUAAUACUUAUGAUUAAACUUUUCCUGAGGGGAAAGGCUCAAAAUAAAAACUUCUAUCAAAACCUGCGGCUUAACCCCCCCAUAAGAAUAAGAAAGGGGGUGUCAUCUGGGACAAAAUGCUUACAUUCCACUUUAAAAAACAGCUUCCCAUUCAUUAAUUCACAGCUCUAUAAUAUAUAAUAUUAUAUACAUUAUAAUUCUGCAUUAUUUUUCUGCAUGGCUUUUUCUAAGUCUACCUCCUGAAUUCUGAUAGUCUGUAUCCUGACAUUUGUUCUUGCAUAUGAGCUAGCCCUUCCAAUCAACCUCUACUUAUUUAGCUACAUCUAUCUUGGAUUGUGUCUCCAAUUGUUUAAGAACUCCUAUUUCAGAUUCCUGUGCAGGUGGAGACACUGCCUCCUAGUGGAAUGGAUGGCAUAAACACCUCUUAAAGGCUUUUUUGGGCCAUUUAAGAAAAUAUUUCAAACUCUUAGCAUAUCAUUUAAUUAACACGUUUUCUAACCUAUCCGAAAAAUAUAUAAUUUCCUUCAGUUUCUUUUGCUUUCACAGAGUUUGGACACAUACAGCUUGGCCUGUGCAAAUUCCUGAAAGAGUCUUCUUUUUUGGCCACCUUUCAUGGUCCAACAGUUGAGUACUAGAGAGAUUUCCAUAAGACAGAAGUUAAGUGAACACUAAUGGGACAAAAAUAGAUUGUUGGUCCAAAUCAACAUGUGAAAUUUCAUAUAUGUGCCUGCAUGUGUAUGUGUGUGCACACCCCUUAUUUCUUGUUUCAUGAUGCCUUGAGAUUGUGCUGCAAUUGGAGCUCUUUCCCUUCUAUUUAUCUCUUCAAAAUACAGCAACCCCAUCAGGGUCUAAACUUAACAACUUUCUGCUCCCUGGUCCAGAAAAAGCUCGCUCUCAUGUAACCCCAAUGGCUUAUCUUUUCUUUGUCCCCUCUUCCUAAAUUUCUUCUUUCCUAAGCUUCUGUUUCAGAGUCCAUUGCUUGUUUUUGGAUUUCCUGCCCUCUUAGUUUUCUUGGCUUCAUGUCUCUUUCCUCUGCUCCUUUCCCUAGGACAUUUCUGAGUUUUUAAUCCCGGCCAAAGGGGCAACUUUCCACUCCCUACAAAUGCAAACCCUUUAUUUCUCCAGCAGUUGGAAUAUUUGUGGCAUCACACGACCUGAAUCAUUUAGUGCCAUGAACUUUACUGCUAUUAGCACACUGCAAUGUAGGAUCUGUGUCACAAUUAUGCUUCAAAACUAUAUUAUGUAAGACUCGCAUUUACACAAGCACUGUUGCUGUGUUACUACAGUUUUGAAACUAAACAGUUCCAAGGUUAAGAACUGGUUCAACUAAACAAUUUAGUUCAAAUCUAGAGAAAACAAGAGGAAUGCUGUUUUUAUAAUUUUCUCAAUGCAUCUGAUAUUCACAAAAUCAGAAAUAUAUAUAUACAAGCACACACACACACACACACACACACACUCCAGUACGGUAGAGUAUUGCUCCAAAUAAUAAGGAGAGUCAUUUUUUAAAUCUAAACUGUAAGAAAUCAUUUGAUACUGACACACUUGCUGUGAAGAUGGUGUGUGUGUGCAUGUAGAUUUGUAUGUACAGUAUGUGUACCUUUUGUACUAAGCUGUUUUAUCUAUGUUAUUGUACCUUGUCUCUCUCAAAAAAAGAACAGAAUAUUUCUAAAACGGAAAAGUUAAUUGAAUAACAAAUUAAAUGCAUUGUUAUAAAAUAAACUUUUUAAAAACUAC